AUGAAGACAUUUUCAAGACUCAGAAUCUCAUCGAAUUCUGAAGUUUCUGUUUCUAAGAAGGCUUUGCUGCAAGCGACCAUUCCCAAUGGGGCUUUCGACUCUGAGAACAUUAACAAGCCAUCUUUAUUGCCAAAACCAGCAAGUACAAGGAGUCCAGAGAUGAGGCAGGACUUGAGGCCAUGCCUUGGCCUGCUGGAAGCACGUCUGAGCCCUCCUGUUCCCAGGGAUCACGAGGAACAAGCCUUUCUGAGCUGCUACAGUUCCUGCCUGACCUCACUCCUUCGCAGUUGUCAUUUGUCCUUGGCAUGGGUGCUGAAUGCUGACCUCACUCACCCUUGGGGUCCAGGGUCCAGCAUUGGGGCCCUCUCUACCCCAGGUCCUCCACGCCACACGGUCACUGCUCUCCUCAGGGACCAGGACAAGGUGCUGCCCCAUGGGAUAUGUACAGGCAAGUUUCAUCAUCCCCCUGGGAAGCAUGAUGCCACCCUUUGGGCCCAGAGAGGGAUUCCAGCUGGGGGCACGUGGGCUGGCUCUGCUGUCUUUGGCCGUUGUUCCUCUUCCAAACCCUGUGCUCCCCCGCCCCUCCAGAGACUGAUGCUGGAGCGCGAGUUGAUUUUCUUGGCUCGAUCUGUCCUUUCUGAGCUCUAG